CGUCAAGAUGUACGACAGGUCUUCCCAGAUCCUGGUCGUAUGCGUCAUUUUCUUUAUUCUUUCUUGGGUUUCUGUAGGGUUACGAGUAUAUGUGAAAACUCGGGUGUUAAAACAAGUCGGUUGGGAUGAUGGAGCCAUGCUUGCAACCUUGCUCCUCUUCACUGGCUACCUAAUAUGUCAACUCGGCAGUCUUGCACAUGGAAAUGGAAGACGUCGUGAGACAAUGACGGACGCAACAGCUCAGAUUGGGUUGAUGGUAAGCCUGAACCUGACUCUUGUGCAUGCCAGCUUCUUACUCAACAAUGCAGNNUACUGGUUUCUCUGUGAGCUCUUCUAUACACUGGCGACAUCGAUAUUGAAAAUCUCAAUCGGUCUCUUCUUCUUACGGAUAGCCAACAACAAGUGGCAUAUUUUGAUCAUCAAGGCUAUCAUGUACUGCAGCGCAGUGCUCGGUGUCACAUACUUCGCCAUUGUUCUUUUCCAGUGCCAUCCGAUCUCCUUCUGGUGGGACCUCAAUCCGGAUCACCAUGGACAUUGUUUGAGCGCUUCCGUCAUGGCCGACACGAGUUACGUGGUAUCUGCUCUCAACUCGUGUGCAGAUUGGGUCUUUGGUAUCCUGCCAAUUUUCAUCGUCAAGGAUCUUCAGAUGCAUCGUCACCAAAAAGCGAUUGUGGCGGUCAUUCUGGGUUUCGCUGCGGUCGGCAGUUCUGCGACAAUUAUUCGCUUACCCUACGUCUGGACAGUCAAAGAAUACAAGGGCGAGUUUCUCUGGCGCACGGCCGAUGUGGCGAUCUGGACUACCGUCGAAGUUGGAAUUGGCAUCACUGCCGGUAACUUGGGAACUUUGAGACCGCUUCUGCAACGCCUCAUGAGUCUCAUGGGCAUCUCAAGCUCGACAGCACGCGACUCGAGGACGACCAAGCGCAACAAGCUCGGAGGUUACGGCUACAUGAACAGUGGAGCAACACCACUGGAAGAUUUCACCGGCAAAGGAGCCAUCAAAACGACCAUCACGAUUCGCGGUGGCGCCUCCAACGACGACUCGAACUGGGGUGGACUCUCCAGAACCGACAGUGAGGAGGAAAUCGUGCCUGGCGCAAGCAAACUUCACGAAGGCGGUAUUCUUCAGAGUGUUCAGAUCGACACGUCGUUCGAGGAGAGAGUACAAGAUAGCCUCGGAGUCGGUAACACUUCACCUCGAGCGACACAAACAUAUGGCAUAGUA